AGGAUGUGUCGGCGGUAACCGUGCCCCAGCCCGACGUGCAGUACGAAAUGGCCGACGCAGCGGGACAGCACGUUCUGACACUCGGCGACGUGCCCGCCAUCGGUGUGGAGUCGAGCCGAGUGGACAUCAGCAGACAGUUGCCUCACCUGCCCACUCCGUUCAACCCGGCCGUCAUGGCCGCCCAGCUCGGCAUGUUCAGCAACCCGCAGCUGCUCAACAUGAUGCAGGCUGCUGCCGCUCGCAAUCACUUACUUCAGGGCCACGGUGGUGUGCCGACCGUGAUGCCAAAUUUAUUGCAACACAUAUCCGCUCUACGGAAUGCUCAGUUGGCUAAUGCGGGCGUAAUGUCCGGAGUGCGGGUUGGCAGUCCGCAGCGGGCCGACUCGAUCGCAUCCCGAGCCGUGGAAGCAGGCAGCGCCGGCGGCGAGCUGUGCGUCGUCUGCGGGGACAAGGCCAGCGGUCGGCACUAUGGAGCCGUGUCGUGCGAAGGCUGUAAGGGCUUCUUCAAGCGUUCCAUUAGGAAACAGAUCGGGUACAUGUGCCGAGGCGCUAAGGACUGUCCGGUCACGAAAUUCCACCGUAAUCGAUGUCAGUACUGUCGGUUGAAGAAAUGCCUAUCGAUGGGCAUGCGCAGUGAGUCAGUCCAAGCCGAGCGACGUCCGGUCCAGCAGGUAUGCGCCGACAGUCCUCCCACCAUGGUGCAGAAUCACUCCGCCACAAUGGCGCCGGGAAAUGCUUCGGCGCUGGAGACGAAUCCGCUGAUGAACGGUCUUCUGGCCAUAGUGAAGAACGAGCACGAACAAUUGGAACGGGACAAGACGACGACGGCAAAGAAGGACGACGGGGCGAGUUCGCCGAUGAGUGCGAUUCAGAGGCCACGCAGUGCUAGUCCAUCUGGAGACUUUGGGCUCAAGAGGGAAUCCAUUGGUGAGGAUGAGUCUGGCAUUGACGUGAUGACUGUCAUAGGUAUGGGUCCGUCGGAAUCGCCGUCAUCUUCAGGAACAGCAUCAUCGAUUAGUGAAGAUGGGCCCAUCUUCAACGUCGAGCGGUGUCGCUUUGAACUGCCAGUUCCCCACCCACCUCCCGCUGAGCUCAACAUCCAGUUUAUAUGCGAAACGGCCAGUCGGCUGCUUUUUCUCUCAGUACACUGGAUGAAGGACGUCCGAACAGGACUCAAGCCAUUAACAUUGGAAUCCGUGAUGAAAACCAAAUGGUGUGAUUUGUUUGUGUUAGGACUUAUGCAAUGUGCUGAGGAAGUAGGAUUGACAAGGAUGCUCGAGGCGAUGAAUAACCAUCUCGCAGCUUGCAGCAGAGUCGGACAAUUAAAGUCAGAGAAAUUCGAAGAGGUUAGUCAACAAAUCAACUAUCUUCUUCUGCUAGUCAGUCGUUUCGCGGAGGCAAAGCUCACGCCAAUGGAAUUCGCCUAUCUGAAGCUCGUCUCGUUCACUUCAAAUGACAUUCCCGCUUCAACUUGUGCCGCUGACACACGGCCGGUGAACGUAACCGCUUGCCAGGAGCUGUACGAGCAUGUGGUGGCAUCGUCAUCGACGGAUGAUUCAACUUCCGAGGACAAUGAGACACAUAUGACAACGUCUUCAGUAGGCGCUGCUAUCGAGAGGUACUCUCGUCUUCUGCAAUUGCUGCCGAAUCUGCGAUGGUUCCGUGAAUCGGUGCUAGUCGAGCUGUUCUUCUCCGGCCUGAUCGGGAACCUUUCGAUCGAGACGGUGAUCCCGUUCGUGCUGAAGAUGGACGUGAUGAAUGUGUUUGAGCCGUCGCAGGGCUCCGACUCGAUCCUGCCGAGCGCCAGCCUGGCCAACAUCCUCUGCGGCAAGUAAAACCGGUGCUCGUCAGCACUAGCCUUUCCGUUUGCCUCGCCGAGUGUACAUAGUUGAGAGACUCAUCAUAACCAUAUUCGCGUCAGAGAAUUGAGAAUAGUUCACUAAUCGUCUUGUGCUUUCGUCUUUCUUCUGUGAGAACUUAUACCUGGAUCAUAUCCGACACUAGCCUAGAGAUGUGUGUUAUACAUAUACGUUUUACAUAUUUAUAUAUAUUAUGAAUGAUCGCCCGCGUGUUUCCGAUAUUUGGUUCCGGUGUUGAUGUACUUGCAUUGUUAGAACCCAGUUCGUCUUGUUCCACUAGCUAAGGGUUGACUGGCGAGUGCAGAGCUGCCAAGUCGUCGUGUUUUGCUGCUUGCUGUUCCGACACCCUUAGUCGAGCGCUUUACCGAGAGCUUUAGACAACCGGCCAGAUCAACCCCCGCGCACGGCGCCGGCUCGACCGGCCCCCCGUCCGGAGCCCGGCCGCGCCCCGCCGCUGCUGUGCUCUUCAUGUCUUUGCAGUCCGUAUCUCCAAUCAUCUUGCUUUUCCAAAAAAGUACCUCUGCUCUUAUUCGUAUGCAAUCCAACUGACCUUUCAUCCCACCUGCUGCUUUCCGCAUGCGCAGCAGGCCGUUGUGUGAUUGGGCCCGGAUGAUUCUAGAAACAGGAUAUCAGCGUGAAUUCCCUUUCCUUGAAAUAUAUAUGAUGUACAUUCUGUUCCAGUCAUUGUAGUUUGCCGCGUAGUCUCAUAUCGCUAGCGUUCGUCGAGCUCAUUCAGUCGAGAACUUCUAGAUUGUUGCAAUGCCCUUACUAUGACGCUUAUACUACCUAAUAAAGUGAUGGUUUGAGUA